AUGUUCAAUGAAUCCGCUACUUAUUCACCACGAAAAUACGAUGACUGGUUCGUUGUAGAUGAGACUGAUUUUAUGGCCUCAGAAUCAUCAUUAAGACCAAGCUCGUCCACAGAAUCUUACCAAAUGCUGACCGAAACCUCGACAACAGCAGAUAGUUCCAUAGAAUCGACAUCAAAGUCACAUUUCUCCAACAAUUCUGAUUUUGAAUCUUUCAUCACAGAUAAAAUUGAUAAAAUUAACAAAGAAACCACAGAAGAAGUAAAAAGAAUAAAAAUUAAAAUGAGUGAAAUUGAAUCCCUUUGGGAAUCAAUGGAUGCUAAUAAAAGCCAAAAAAGUGAACAGCACCAUCCACAACUGAAUGAAAUUGACCGACUUUUGGAAGAGGCAAGAAGAGAAGCAGAAGAGAUUCACAAAGGUGCCAAUAUGGCAGUACAGGAACUGACAAAAUCGGUGGAAAACGUGGAAGAGUUGUGCUCAAAAGGAAUAACUUUAAAGGAUUCCGCAGACAAUUUCAGAAAAACCGCAAGCACCGAAAAAAGUCUCAUACCAUUACCUUUCAAAACUAAGAUGAUUAUCGGACUAGCAGUCUUCCUUACAUGUGAAUUCUUACUACGUUUAUUUUAA